AUGGAUUCCCGAUCAGCCUCCAACUCGGCCACGCCGCCCACCGCCGGGUCGCCCGAGAGCGCCAAAAAGUCUGCGCGCCGAAAGUCGACGGUGCAGCCCAUGCCGCGGGCCCAGAAGCCCAAGGGCGAGCUGCUGACGGUGGAGGAGAAGAAGGCCAACCACAUUGCCAGCGAGCAGAAGCGCCGUCAGGCGAUCCGCGAGGGGUUUGAGCGCAUCACCAAGAUUGUGCCCAACCUGGACAAGAGCCAGGGCCGGUCCGAGGCGAUUGUGCUCAAUAAGACGGUGGCCUUUUUGAAGAACCUCAUUGCGGAGGGCAAGGAGCUCGAGCUGCGGUGCAACGAGCUGCAAAUUGUCACUCCUCCGCCGGCGGGCAUGUCCAAGGAGAAGGUCAAGAAAGAGGAGUCUCCGGUCUAG